AGGCGGCCACAAUUCACGCGAGCGUAGUCUGCUUUGCUUGGUGCGGUUUGUGUGGCGGCGUCGGCGUGGUGUAGCGCUUAUGCCUUCAUUACUGGAGUCAAAAGUUUAUUUCUUCUAUUAAAUCGACCAUCAGCUAGGCCCAAGCUUUGUAACAGCGAGGACUGUUGGGUGAUGUUUGCUGCUGGAACUUAAUAUGGAAUGUCUGCGCUGUGCAUCGCCCGAAAUAUCGUGAAGAAGCCUCUCUUGAGCGGGAUAGGCGACUGCCUUUUUAGGGCAGCCGCGGCACAGUCCGUUCAGCCAUCCAAUAAUAAGCCUGUCGUCCGAUCUGUUCACUUCUCAGAGUUGCUCAGAAUGGCAGAUCAGAAGGACGUCAAGGAAAUGACUGAAAAGGACUGGCGUGAGAAACUCACCCCCGAUCAAUUUUAUAUUUGUCGUCAAAGAGGUACAGAACCAGCAUACAGGGGCCGGUGGGUCAACCAUAAAGCGAAGGGAACGUAUACAUGUAUUGCCUGCGGUGCUGAUUUGUUCAGCUCCGAGCACAAAUUUGUCUCGAAUUGUGGCUGGCCAUCAUUUUUUAUGGCCUUAGGUACAGUGGAUGGCGAUGAGUCAAACUCAAGCAUUAUACGAAAAGAGGACACGUCACAUGGCAUGGUACGAACAGAAGUUUGCUGCAGAAAGGCCCUGUUCUAGGCAUUAAGAGGAGCACUGUUAAAUCAACACCUUCCUUCACAAGCAGCACUGAACACAGAAAACAAAAUACCAAAGUUCAACUGAAACAUCGAACCAUCUUCACACUCUUCUGUUGCACAAGUAGGCAAGUUUCUCUUUCCUAAGGAUUACGAUGAACUGGCUAGUAUAAAUAUUUCCAAUGCAGAAGCUAUAAUUGAUAUUGCACUUGCAUUCUAUCUCUCUUAACAGAAAAACUAUACUAAAAUCGUGUUAACGUAUGUGCUCUCAGCUUAGCAAUUAUGGCAAUGCUAUCCUAGCGUCAUUGUGCAAUGUCAGCAGUUUGUUGGAUCCACACACAUCACAGGCUAUCUGCAUUGCACGCAGCUACUAUGGAACAUAUUGCAACUCUUCAAAUUAACUUGGGUAACAAUUGUACUCACUGCGAAAGCAGUUGACUGCUCUCGGUUGUAUCUCCCUGCCUGAUGAAUUCAAGCUUGUCGCUGCAACAGAAAAAAAAGAUAUUCUUCAGCUGAUGAAAAUCUAAAAAAAAUAUAUGCAAGAAAAGUAGCCACAUGUACAAGAGGGAAAAGAGAAAGACAAAGGUGUUGAGCCUUUACCCUUUAUGUCUUCAUGUGCAGCCAUGUGACCAUAAUGUACCUAAUGACCAUAAUAAACAUGACAAUAAUGCACCCAUGUGACCCAUAAUGUACUUUCAAAGACACAUCAAAACAUUUAUACCAUGGCAUAGUGGCUCAAGCGUACUUGUAAUAACAACUUCCUAACUAAUAGCAUCUCUAAAAGACAACCCUGGCAAUUUUUUUUUCUUCAAAUUAAUCACUCCCUGUCAAGUGCAAGAUAUAGGUUGAUUUGAAUGAAAAUGUACUAAUGACUGUUAAUCUGUUAAGACUGUUAAUUACUGUUAGGCACCAAGAUCCCACCAUCCUGAAUGUGUGCACAUACUGACCAUGACAACCAAAAGACAUCUGUGCAAACAAGCCUUAUUGUACUGAUUACCAUUUCAAAAUGUGCAGAGCCAUAGUCAUUCGCAAGCAGUAACUACUCGAGAGUCUAUAGAUAAAACUGCUUAAGCUAGAUCUAGCAGAAAAAUUUGCCAAAAGUUAUAUUGCUAAGCUUGGCUCAUUGUUACUACAAAAAGAUGCUUGUGCCAGGUGUUCGUGCCCAAAUUGUUGUCUGCUCCUCUAUAUCUUCACGUCAGAUGUCAAUAAUGUGGCCCAUGGAAAUCACCAAUCACAACAGUGUAAAUAUGUAGGGCAGACACCACUACGUAAAAUUAAAAGAAAAAUAUACAACCUUAAGUGACCAUUUGCCAUAGAUUACAGGAAUUCCAAGAAGAAACCAGAGAUUAGUUAGAUUGACAUCUUCGAACUCCGAAAAAAAAAGUCGACUGCGAUUUCCUUUAAAGAGCCCUGACCAGGUUUGGCCAUUUUAAACAGGCUAGCACAGCGCAUACUUCAGGCACUGAUCGUUAUGACUGCAAAGUAUGACAGUGCUUCACGCCACCAAAACUGCUGAAAUUUCAAACCAAACACCACACAUCCUCCCUAUCAAAAAAGUGCUGCUGCAAGCCAGAGAGUCGAGGUAACUUGCACAGAUACCAUGACUUAGAACACAGUCAUAGCAACACUCGCCAUGACAUGUUCCUUCCAUAUAUCGUCCAAUGCGGCACAUGCAAUACUGCACCAUCGGACACGUGCCGUACCGCAAGAAAAGGAAUAAAUAAGAAGGCAGGGCUCGUUAAGUGAAAAGGCAGAAGGAAUGUCGCUUGCAGACGCUACUCAAGGCAGAGGGAGAGAGUGUCUCUGUUGACAGUCGACCUUGCCCCCUGGCAAUAUGGUAACAGGGCAUUCAAUUUCUUUUAAACCAAUCUGAAAAAUUAUUUUGGCUAAACAAUCCCUAGACGGCAUUCCACAACUUCCAGUGUACAACUAAAAUUUGCAAUGGGGCCUGAUGAGGGGCCCUUCAAUAAUGUUUGAGUCUUUGCAAUCUGAAGGCUUAAGUUCACAGUCCAUUUCAAGUUAGUUUGCACUGUGACGCCUUUGUUAAUGCUACAUUGUCAGCCAAUUGUGGUAUUAAUGAGGCCUAAAAAAAUUCAUUAAAUGUCUAGAUUAUACACCUUGGUUUUAUCUGCAAUUCACUCCAUUCACAAGUGGCAACUUGGUACUACAAAUGCUGUACGAACCUCAAAUCGAUCUAAACUCACCAAGGAAGACCUUGUCCUCAUAAAACAGAGGUUUCAAAGGUACAAAGACUUUGGCAGAGCUGUCCACAAAUUUAACUCAGUGUAGGAAGAACAUAGAAACUACAUAUCAAAAGUAAUCGACUGAGCUUCAAAUUUUAAAAAUAAUAAAUUCUGGGGUUUAGCUUGCUGAAAUCACAAUCUGAUUGCAUGCCAUAGUGGGGGACUCCAGAGUAAUUUUCACCACCUGCAGUCCGACUGAAAAUUUAGUCUCUCUCUUGUAGGAUGAGUUCACCCGACGUAGAAACUUAUCAGGUCCCUUUUAUCCAAUGGGCAAGUUACUGUAGCAGUCAUUGCCUUCCAUUAUUCUCGUGCACUUCACCCUUUCCUUCCUUGAAGCAGAAUAAAAAGCUGUUUCUGUCUC